CAAGCGCGGGCUGCGGCAGGCCAAGAUGGCGGCAGCGGCGGCGGCGGCGGCGGCGACCGAGCAGCAAGGGUCCAACGGGCCAGUGAAGAAAUCCAUGCGGGAGAAGGCUGUGGAGCGGAGGAACGUUAACAAAGAGCACAACAGCAACUUCAAAGCUGGGUAUAUCCCCAUCGACGAGGACCGACUCCAUAAGACUGGACUGAGGGGGAGAAAGGGCAACUUAGCCAUCUGCGUGAUUGUCCUCCUGUUCAUCCUGGCCGUCAUCAACCUACUCAUUACACUUGUCAUCUGGGCCGUGAUCCGCAUUGGGCCAAAUGGGUGUGACAGCAUGGAGUUCCACGAGAGCGGUCUGCUGCGGUUCAAGCAAGUGUCCGACAUGGGCGUCAUCCACCCGCUUUAUAAGAGCACAGUGGGAGGACGGCGGAAUGAAAACCUGGUCAUCACUGGCAACAACCAGCCAAUCGUUUUCCAGCAAGGGACGACCAAGCUGAGUGUUGAAAAGAACAAAACCUCCAUCACCAGCGACAUCGGAAUGCAGUUUUUUGACCCAAGGACACAAAAUGUCCUAUUCAGCACAGACUAUGAGACUCACGAGUUUCAUCUGCCAAGUGGGGUGAAAAGUUUGAACGUUCAGAAAGCAUCGACUGAAAGGAUUACCAGCAAUGCUACCAGUGACUUAAACAUCAAAGUUGAUGGGCGUGCAAUUGUGCGAGGCAAUGAAGGCGUGUUCAUCAUGGGCAAAACCAUUGAAUUUCACAUGGGAGGGGAUGUGGAGUUAAAGGCUGAAAACAGCAUCAUCCUCAACGGCACGGUGAUGGUCAGCCCCACGCGCCUGCCCAGUUCCUCCAGUGGGGACCAGUCCGGGAGUGGCGACUGGGUGCGCUACAAGCUCUGCAUGUGUGCAGACGGCACACUCUUCAAAGUACAAGUGACAGGUCACAACAUGGGCUGCCAGGUCUCAGACAACCCCUGUGGGCGCACUCAUUAGACGGUGCCUCUGCAGGGCUCAGCGCGCUAAGAUCAACUUGACCUUCCCCUUUUUAAGAAUGCAUGUGAACCAUGUUUGUACAGAGUUUGCCAUAACUUGUCAUUCUUUUACCUGGGGAGCACCACUGUGUCUAUUACUACUCUCCGUAUUUAAGGGAUUUUGAGUGCCUACAUUCUAAUACAUUUUAGUAAGUUGCACUGAUACUCAAAUGACAGUUCUCUAAAACAAUGAUGAGAAAUUAAUAAAAUCAAAAUUAAUCUUU